GUCGAACAGCAUGGACGCGCCUCCGUCCGUGCAGCCGGACGCCGCGGUGGCGGCGGCGGCGGCGGCGCCCUCCUCGAUCUCAGCUUCUGCUCCCUCUCAGGCGCCACCAUCUAACCCGCCAACAUCCGCUACCACCGCCAUCCCACCCGCCUCCGUCUCCACCACCGCCGCCCCUACCCCGAACCCAGGUACCACCCUUAACCCCGCGCAAACCCUAGAGGGCCCAGCCCCCAGCCCCGCGGCCGCGCGACCGCUGGCGCCGCGAAUGAGGCCGCCGUACACGCACCUGGCCUCGCCUAUCACGAUGUCCUCGUCCUCCUCUGCUGCCACGUCCGCGGCCUCCUCGUCGGCUACCGCUCCCACCUCUUCCCCCGCGGCUUCCACCGUGCCAAGGGGAGGGGUUGUUAUUGGGAUGCCAGCGCCGCGUCCCGCGCAGACGCCAGUUGGUUACACCGGGUUCGUGCCACCGCCUCCGCUUGCUCACCAGUUCGGAUCGAUGCAUCGCGGCCCCGACCAGGCCCCGCUGUCAUCUGCACAGUUUAGGCAGCCAUCCCCUGGGAUUCAGAAUAUUGGGAUGGUUGGUUCCCUGAACACAACCCAAAUGAGACCUGGAGCGAUAUCUGGUCCGCAGCAGCCAAGACCAGGUCUUCCAUCAUCAACAACACCAAUUCCAUCUGGUAGCCAAAUGCCAGGUUCGCAAAGAACCCCUGCCCAUACUUUAACGAGGCCAAUGCCUGUGAGUUCUUCUCCUUUGCCGGUUUUACAGCAAACUCUGCAAAAUGCAUCUUCAACUUCUAGGCCCCAACAGAGGCCACAACUAAGACCACAACAAUCUGCACUUGUGACUCCACAUCAACAGAACGUAAUUUCAUCCCAGCAGCAGCAACAGCAACUACCACAGCAUCAACUUUUGCAGCAGCAGAAGCAACAGCUGCAAAGCCAGCAACAAAGUUCCUCACAUCAAAAUCAACAAAAUUCGACACUUAAAAAUCAGCAACAGCUUACUCAGCAGCUAGAUGCUCGUACUCCAGUGUCAAUGGCACAGAAACCUGAUUCUCCUGCUAUGCCAAAUGCUGCUGUCAUGCGAUCUGUGGAUACAUCUACUGAUGCAGAUGCUAGUGAAACUGGUAAUCGGCUACUCACCAAAAGAAGCAUACAAGAAUUAGUUGCUCAGAUUGAUCCUAACGAAAAGCUGGAUCCUGAAGUUGAAGAUGUUCUUAUCGACAUUGCUGAAGAUUUUGUUGAAUCUGUCGCAACAUUUGCUUGUUCUUUAGCAAAGCAUAGAAAGUCAAACACCUUAGAAGCAAAAGAUGUACUCCUCCAUGCAGAGAAAAGCUGGAAUAUCACCUUGCCAGGCUUCAGUGGGGAUGAAAUUAAACUGUAUAAGAAACAGCAUGUCAACGAUAUUCACAGGGAGAGGCUUGCUCUAAUCAAGAAGUCAGUGGCGAGUGACACCAAAAACUCUGCUGCCCAAGCAGCAGCUAACCACAAAAAUCAGACUCCGAAGCCACCUGCGCCAGCUUCUCCAUGAAAGAAGCCCACAAAUCCUGCAAACUCAGAUAUCACGAGUCACCAUAGUCGUGCCAUUGGUUUGUUGUAAUGUAGAAUCGGUGGUGGCAGUAGUUGUUUUGCAACGAUUACAUGUACAGAUGCUUUUCUCAGAACUGGUACUUUUAGAGUGCUAAUACAAGUACGUAUUAUUGUUCCA